CGUCCGCCGUCACGUGCCGGCGCCGCGGCGCGGGGCGCGGCGGGGGCGGCUCUGCCAGGCGCCGGGCCGGAAGGGAGGCGCCGCGGUGCCAUUCUUAAAGGGGCCAGCGGGAAGGAGAGAGGCUGCCGACGGCCGGAAGGAAAAUGAGUGAGUCUUUGGUGGUUUGUGAUGUCGCUGAAGAUCUAGUGGAAAAGCUGAGAAAGUUUCGUUUUCGCAAAGAAACGAACAAUGCUGCCAUUAUAAUGAAGAUUGAUAAGGAUAAACGCCUGGUGGUACUGGAUGAAGAGCUUGAGGGCAUUUCACCAGAUGAACUUAAAGAUGAACUACCUGAACGACAGCCUCGAACCUUCAUUGUGUAUAGUUAUAAAUAUCAACAUGAUGAUGGAAGAGUUUCAUAUCCUCUGUGCUUUAUUUUCUCCAGUCCUGUUGGAUGUAAGCCUGAACAACAGAUGAUGUACGCUGGGAGUAAGAAUAAGCUAGUGCAAACAGCUGAACUAACCAAGGUAUUUGAGAUAAGAAAUACCGAAGACCUAACUGAAGAAUGGUUACGUGAGAAACUUGGAUUUUUCCACUAAUGUGAACUUCUGUGUUUCUGAAGUAUUUAUGUAUUAACCUGACUGUACUGGAACCAGACAUAAAUACUUAUUUAUGCCUAAAAAUGCACUGUUACUUACAGUUUAUUUCCUGCAGUAAAGAAAAAUUCUCCGUUUGUUCAAAGUUUGAACAAAGAGGAAAUCAUCUUCAUAGUAAUGAAACUUUGUAAAGUGUUUCCUUAUAUUUGUAUUUGUUAGGUGGACUGCUUCUCUCCAGGGACUUUUGCACUCUUGUGACUAAUUUCUAUAACUUACGGUUCAGAAUUUGUUACUAUUUACAGACACCAUUGGAAAGUGGGUGUUAGAUUGUGAUAGACAAGUUGCCUCCUUUUGACAAAUAUUGGAUAUUAGCAGUUUAUAUAUGAAAAUAGCAUAUUCUCACUUGUCAAAUCUUUGAAAUUAAUUUGGGUAAAAGACUUGAGUGACCCAAUUUUGAGCCAGGAAUAAUAAUUUACUGUAGUGUAACCUGCAUUACAACCACGUCUCUCAUCAAUUCCUUGCCUUCUUUGGUUUCCUGUAUCUUUUUGAUCAACUCCAGAAACUGUUCAUCAGUUGUUCGUUCUUAAGGUCUGGGAGUUAGAUUUUAUAAUAAAGUUAUGAUUAUUAGGUUUUCUUCUUAUGGAAAGUAGCAUCUUAGUCUUAGAAAUGGAUGGGUUGUAACUGAUCAAGGGCUUCAUUCCUGGUGUGUCAUCUCUAGAUAGUUUUGAAUCUAGGUUAAUAACACUUUAUUUAUAAAGCACCUCUUAAUGUUGUCCUGUGAACACUAAUUAUUUUAAAUGUGUUAAUACUGUGCCUUUGAUUUGUUAGCUUUAAAGUUAGUUUAAGACUACACUGCCAGUAUUCCAGAUUUGGUGACAUUAACACUUUUGUAAAGGGUCCAAAUAAAACCAUUUUCUAAUGUGUAUAUCUGAAAUUUGUAAUAAAACCAGCUUCAUAUUUUUAAGAUUCCAACUAUCUGCUUGCAUUGGUGAAUAUAUGGCAGUCGAGAGUUAUAAUUUUGGGUAUGUUUGUGAUUAGUUUUGUACUGUAGGAAAAAUUACUUAUCUUAAAACCUUGGCCAUAGCUAAUAACAUUAACACAAUAGAAAUGGCAUCUUAUAUCCUAAAUUUCAGAAGAUAUUCUAAACUGGAUACCUGUCUUAUUACAUGAUGGCAUCCUUGGCAUAAAGCAAGGAGUCUACUAUAUAGUGUACUUUAAAGCAUAUAACUAACUGUUUAACAUUAGUUUGACAAAAUGUCUUGAGACUUUAAAGACUAACCAGAUUUGGUGAGUGAAUUCUUAUAUUAAGAAUAUCUUAGUCAUUUCAAAACAAGCAAAGGCAUCUUUUAUCUUGGCAUUCAUAUGUUCUUUGCAUUUUUUUGAGAUUUUUGUGCCAACUUUAAAGAAAAGGUAAAAAUGGUUGGAAUUUUUGUGGCAUUGAAUAGAGCAUCUUCUGUUCUCAACACUGUUUGGCUUCACUAAUCUAGAAAACAGGAAGGAAUAGGAAGUUAGUUGGAGAUGCGUAAGUGCUAGAGUGGGUAUUUGUUUUGGUUAGUGAAUGGGAAGGAUCCUUUAUUCUAAUUUCCAGAGAGAGAAAAUGCUUCACCCAGGAAGUUGAAGAAUUAAACAGCUAUUUUGAUAGUGAAGAAUGACACACGUUCUGCAGAAAUGCAGAUGUGAUCUAAAUGAAUGGAGAGUUUUUUUAAUGUUUUUGAAUGAAGGAAAUGAGAUUUUGUUUUACCUGGUUCGCAGCAAUAAGAGAAACUAGUGCUGCGAGAAUGUGUUUUUUAAAGAGGUUCCUUCCUUCUUUUGUCUUACUCAUUUUAUGUUCUUUUUUUUAAUCUGAAAGUCCUCCAUAAUGUCAGAUAAUAUUGACCUCCAUAUACGAAACUCUUAGUUUCCCUGUUCUCUAACGGGCACAGGGCUGUGAUACACCAUGCUUUUUUGAGCUUGUCUUCGCCUUCUCAGUAACGUCUGUUUUGCAAGACAAUAGAUUGAGGUUAAGGGAUCAGAACGUUUUUUACUCCCUCUGUCCUGUAGGGAGAUGUACAAACCCCAUGCUCUAGAUGGCUCUCGGACUUUUAUAUAAAAUUACCUUCUAAUGAAAUUGUGCAUUUGGUGAGACAGGUACAUUUCCUAUUUGAUCUCUGUUUCUGCCUUCUCUCAGAUGAUAACUCCAGAUUUCAUGAUUCCAAUUUUUACCUUCCAUAUCUUUCUGGUACAACCAUUCCUAUUCAGCCUUAAAUCUUAAUCUUUCCUUUUUGGCAGCAGCUUUUUUCCUGGGAACCUCCUUCGUGAUCUAAGUCAGCAUUAGUUUUGAAAUUGUUGGUCUUGCAUAAGUUUUCUAUAGCAUCUAAUGUUCUCAAAAUAGAACCAACUAGUAAUCACAGCAUGUUUUUAGUACCAUUUUGGUGGCAACGUAAAUAAGAUGAGGAAAACUGUGCUCAGGUCACUGUGCUGGAAUUCCAAAAUCUCAGAGUUUUUAAUAGUAUUCACUUUGUUCUGGUGUUGAAGCAGUUAUGUGAAGAAAAAAGUUGGUUGAAUGACUGUUUUUGUUGAAUUGACUUCUGAAAUCAAUGUUCAAAUUGUCUAUUUCUAAAAAGUUUACUAAAUGCCUAGUGCAGUUGAACAUGCUCUUGUUUAAGAGGGUGUUGCUAAAUUUUUUAUUGUCAUUAGUAAAUAAUUUUUGUAGCAAAAUAUUUGUCAGUACUUUUCUCUCCCUUUUUAUCUCCUAUUUUCAGGAGUCAAACAUAGCCAUAAAUUGUAUCCUGGUGUGACAGUUUAACCUAAAAAUUUCCAGUUAGAGGAGUUUAUUGCCAAAUUAAAUUUGGCUGUCAUUAUUCUCCACCCAUAUAGAUAGUAAGGAAGGCAUACUUAAAAAGAUGUUUGGACUACUUUCAAACCUGAGCAGUGUCAUUAAUCCAUAAUGUGGACUAGUGAUGAAUAGAUAUUUUCAGAAGAGUUUAAAUGCUGAUAUUUGGUGGAAGUAGAGAGUAACUCGUAUUCUAUCAAUUCAAAUGUUCUCAGUAUGAUUGCUUUCCCUAUUUGUUUACUAUGCUGAUAAUACUGGAAUCUACGGAAUUUGAGCCUUUACAACUUAUGUGAAGAAGUGUCUCAAACAUUUCUGGACAAAUCUUAUUUUGUAUUUCUGAAAGAAUGUAAAUCCUCAAGGCCACUUUAACACCAUGGUCCCAAGUUGAAUAGUCUUGAGAUAUUUGUUUUCUGUUAUGCCAUUUGACAUUUCAAAUCAGUGAUCAUGUUCUUGUAAUGUUUAAAACAACUACAUUAAGGUUGUGAUGGAAACUGUGUUUUCUUGCUUUUUGGAAUAUAGUGCAUUCAUACAUAUUGCUUGAAUGUUGUUGGAGAUCACUAACAUGUCAGGGCAGUUCCCACUGAUUUAGAUGGUCCAAUAUAAGCUCAUUCAGGAGGCUUGAAACAUUAAUGAUCUGGUCUCAUGAAUUUUAACAGUUCCCUGUCAUCAUUUAACAAAAUCAACAACUGGCACAGCUUCUUAAGCUGUGGUUUCAGUCUGCUGUAUUCAUAUUGCAUGUUUAUUUUGGACAGUCUUCUGUUAAGCAUGGUGCUUGUACUGGUUUAAAUAAAAUGUUAACAUGAAAGGA